CGCGCCGCGCCGCCGCCGCCGUCGCCGUCGCCGUCACCGUCGUCGCCGCCGCCGCCGUCGCGCUCUCGCUCCGCGGGCAGCCGCCUGAGGGGGCUGGGGCCGGGCCGAGCCGCCGCCAGCGCUGCCGGGAUGCCGCGGGUGUACAUCGGCCGCCUGAGCUACCAGGCCCGCGAGCGCGAUGUGGAGCGCUUCUUUAAGGGCUACGGGAAGAUCCUGGAGGUGGAUCUGAAGAACGGAUAUGGUUUUGUGGAGUUUGAUGAUCUGCGUGAUGCAGAUGAUGCUGUUUAUGAACUGAAUGGCAAAGAUCUUUGUGGUGAGCGAGUAAUUGUUGAGCAUGCCCGAGGCCCACGUCGAGAUGGCAGUUACGGUUCUGGACGCAGUGGAUAUGGUUAUAGAAGAAGUGGCCGAGAUAAAUAUGGCCCUCCUACCCGCACAGAAUACAGGCUUAUUGUGGAGAAUUUGUCAAGUCGAUGCAGCUGGCAAGACCUAAAGGACUAUAUGCGUCAGGCAGGAGAAGUGACCUAUGCAGAUGCUCACAAGGGACGCAAAAAUGAAGGAGUGAUUGAAUUUGUGUCUUACUCUGAUAUGAAAAGAGCUUUGGAAAAGUUAGACGGAACUGAAGUCAAUGGCAGAAAAAUCAGACUAGUGGAAGACAAGCCGGGUUCUAGACGACGUCGGUCCUACUCCAGGAGCCGGAGUCAUUCAAGGUCUCGAUCUCGAAGUAGACAUUCUCGUAAGAGCAGAAGCCGUAGCGGCAGCAGCAAGAGCAGUCAUUCUAAGAGUAGAUCCCGGUCCAGAUCUUCCCGGAGCAAGAGCCGCAGCCGCAGCCCCAGCCGCAGCCGCAGCAAGAAGGUCAAGAGCAGGAGCCCCAGCAAGGACAAGAGCCGCAGCCGCAGCCGCAGCGCAGACAAGGCCCGCAGCAAGGGGAAGGAGCCGGCCGAAGAGAAGGUCCAGAACAGCGACGAGGCCGGCAAGUCCAAGAGCCGCAGUCCCAGCAGACUAAAGAGCAAGAGUAAGAGCAGGAGCAGGAGCCCAGAGCGGAGAGCGGAGGUGGAGAAGCGCGGGAGCAGGAGCCGGAGCAAGGAGAAGAGUCGGAGCGAGGAGAAGGGCCUCCGCAGGAGCAGGAGCAGAGGUGGGAGCAGGAGCAGGAGUCGCAGCAAAAGCAGGGACAAGAGGAAGGGAAGAAAGCGCAGCCGGGAGGAGAGCCGCAGUCGCAGCCGCAGCCGCAGCAAGAGCGAGAGGAGCAGAAAACGCAGCAGCAAGCGAGACAGCAAGUCGGGCGGCGGCAGCAGCAGCAGCAGCAAGAAAAAGAAGAAGGAAGACACGGACCGCUCCCGGUCCAGGUCCCAGUCUCGCUCCGUGUCCAAGGAGCGGGAACGAGUCAAGGCCGAGUCUGGCCCCAGGGAAGGCCGCGGGGAGAGCGAGGAUGCCGGCACGAAUCAGGAGACCCGGUCCAGGUCCAGGUCCAAUUCCAAAUCGAAACCAAACCCUCCCUCAGAAUCACGCUCCAGAUCAAAGUCUGCUUCAAAAACCCAGUCUCGGUCCAAGUCGAGAUCCAGGUCUGCAUCCAGAUCCCACUCCCGGUCGAGAUCCAGGUCCCACUCGAGGUCCUAACUGGCUACAACCACAGCUGGAACUACCCGAGAAGUCUUUUGUACAUGUUUGGUAGCCGUAGCACAAGUGAUCGAAGUAGAACAAAUGUCACUGCUGUACAUUUUUAACUCCCCUAAUGGUGUGUCUCCAAUUGUUAAAUCUAAGUGCUUCCUCUUCGUCAAGCCUCCUGGCACCAGGCCUGCCUGCCCGACUGAAAACAAUCUUCUCUGAAACCCCCUUUACUCAUGGCCCACAGUAGAAUAUCCAAAAUGUCUGGGCGUUCAAGCCUGGCCUUCCUGCAGGGAGCUCCCGUCCUGGCCAGCUUUACGGCUGGAAUGAUGACAUAGGUAGGUAUGGUGAGUUCAGCCAUUUUUGCCCUUGAAUUGUUCCCCUUUGAUGUAUGCCAUUUAGUAAAAGUGCUAAGUCCUAAAUUUCCAACCAAUUUGGUUUCAUAUUUUGGGACUUAACAAAGUUGUGAAUAGCACAGUCUAGGAAAAAUUAUACCUGCAGUAACUCUUAGGAAAUAAACUGUAGAGUUCCAUAUUCUGGUAUGGUAUUGUGAUUAUAUUGUUUUAUAUUUAAAAUUAAAAAAGAAAAGAUUUUUUUUAAUUUUAUUUUUCCCCGUCUUGCAAAAGUAUAGUGACCCCUGUUUCCAUUAAAUUUGAAUAAAGACUAUUUUUGCUUGACAAGA